AUGACCGAAAUAAACGGGCAAAUUGUUGACGAUGAAUCACGCUGCAUUCAUUGGCAUUCAGAAGUUGACAUUAUCUGCUUUAAAUUGAAAUGCUGCAGGAAAUUCUAUGCCUGUUAUGCUUGUCAUGAGAACCUGGAAGAUCAUCGAAUAGAAAGGUAUGACUUAGGUAAAGAUGACGACAUGAAAGAGAGGGUAGUAUUAUGUGGGAAAUGUAAGAAUGCAAUGACCUUUGAAGAGUAUAUAGGUCAAAAACCUGGCGCGGGUGAUCUUAAUUGUCCGUUCUGCAAUAGUGUGUUUAAUCCAUAUUGUAGACUUCAUUAUGAUAAAUACUUUGAACAUUCGUCUACCGAACUUUAG